ACUGCCGGCCAUUUCCCCCAAGCAUUAAUUGAAGAAGCCAACCCAAGCGCAGUGCGAACACUCCUCGAAAAUUUGAAAGAUUCGUUUACUGUUAUAUUCAAUUUAAACUGAACAAUGGCCUCUCAACAAAAAUUCCCUGGAAAAGAAGGUGGUGAUAAUUCGAAUGAACAAGGUAAAAUGUUCAUCGGAGGUUUAAGCUGGGAAACGACGCGCGAUAAUUUGCUUCGAUAUUUCAGUCAGUAUGGUGAAGUUGUUGACUGUGUGGUAAUGAAGAACCCAGAAACUGGUAGAUCAAGAGGGUUUGGGUUCAUUACAUUUGCUGAUCCUAACAAUGUUGGUUUAGUGCUACAAAACACACCCCAUAUACUCGAUAAUCGUACAAUUGACCCCAAACCUUGUAAUCCACGUGCCGAAAUGGUACGCGCUCCUCGCCGGAGUAUGGGUACAGGAAAUGGUUACAAAGUAUUUUUAGGUGGGCUUCCAUCAAACUUGACAGAAACAGAUCUUCGUAACUUCUUCUCGCAGUACGGAAAGGUCUCUGAAGUCGUUAUCAUGUACGACCAAGAAAAGAAAAAAUCUCGAGGCUUUGGCUUUUUGACCUUUGAAUCGGAGGAGUCGGUGGAUCGCUGCACUGGUGAACACUAUGUUUCAAUCAAUGGAAAGCAGGUUGAAAUCAAGAAAGCAGAGCCCCGUGAUACUCGAGGAUCAUCUGGUGGAAUGAGACGUGGAGGACACAAUGGUGGAUGGGAAGGUCCGGGAAUGGGAAUGCAUGGGGGUAUGGGUCCUAUGGGUGGCCCAAUGGGCGGACCGAUGGGCCCUCCCAUGGGUGGUGGUUAUCAAGGAUGGGGUGGACCUGCCAAUCAAGGUGGAUAUGGAUAUGGACCCCAAGGUGGAUAUCAAGGAUGGGGCCCACAAGGGCAGUGGGGAGGAUAUGGAGGAGGACCAGGAGCUAAUUAUGGCUAUGGCCCUCAAGGUGGACCUCAACAGGGUGGAUACAACAACUGGAAUUGGGGAGGACCGGGCCCACAAGGAGGUGGCCCAGGUGGCCCAGGUCCCAACGGCGAUAUGUAUGGUAGAGGUCCUAACCCAACUAAUGGUGGUCCUCCGGGCGCAGCUGCCCCUACUGGACCUGGAGUUCCUGGAGUAAAAGCUGAACCUGCUCAGUACGGUGCUGGAUACGGAACUAAUGGCUAUGGAACAGACGUUAACCAAGGAUACAGAGGAGGAUACGCCCAAGAAGCUAACGCUCAAGGAUAUGGCGGUGGACAAGGCUAUGGAAAUCCAGAAAGAGUCCCACCACCUGGCGUUGCACCUGCCGGUAAUGGUCUUGGUGUUCCUGGAGCAGGAGCCGGAGCUGCUGGCCCUGGAGGACCGGGUCCUCAACGAGGAGGUGGUCACCACCACCAGCCGUCGCAAUCUCAGUACCACCCAUAUCGCCGAGGAGGCGUUUGAGAAAAUCAUCAGUGUUUUUGUUUGUGUUUUAAGUUGCACAUUGCUUAGCCCUAUGGCUGGACAAACAUUUAAAUGAUGGCCAAUCUGUCGUGCAUUCGGUGUGUUCUUGUCUGUAUCGUUUCGACGUUUCUCUUUGAAUCCCGCCCUAACAUUACGUUCUGAACCUGAGCUAUUCAUGACUUUUCGAUGCGUUCGAAUAAAACUGUAGUUAAUUAGUUCUUAAA